CAACCCUUAUUUGACUCACUCCCACUCUCACUUCCACUCCCACUCAGCCCCUCUCUCUCUCUCUCUUCCAACAACCCACUUUCACCUCACCGGAGCCACCAUGGACCACCGCCACCACCAACUCCGGCCACCGUCCCCCACCACCCAUCACCACCACUCCAUCUAAAAACAAUGUCAAAACUCCACUUUUCCACCACACCCACAAUCUUUUUCCCUCAUAUUUCCCCACCCCCAAAAAAUCUUCAGCAAAUGUCAUCAACACCACCACAAUCACCACAACCACCACCGGAGUCAACGGAGUCAACGGCAGCAAAAACUCUAACCAAACGCUACGAAGGCCUCAUGAUGGUCCGUACAAAAGCAAUAAAAGGCAAAGGAGCAUGGUACUGGACCCACUUACAACCAAUUCUCAUCAACUCCGAUACCGGCGUCCCUAACGCCGUUAAACUCCGGUGUUGCCUAUGCGACGCCGUUUUCUCCGCUUCAAACCCGUCUAGAACCGCUUCUGAGCAUCUUAAACCCGGAACAUGCCCCAGUUUCAACCAUGAUCAAAACCCACAACCAAUUUCAUCAUUUUCACCAACCGGAAUGAUGACGUCAUCUCACCGGAAACGUAACUCCGGCGGCCGGAAACUUACCGGAGCUCCGAUCACUGACCCGGGAAAAUUCAUGAUCCACGGGUCUUACCCAACCCGACCCGGAUCAGAAUCAGGGUCCGGGUCUAGACCCGGAUCCGGACCCGAACCGGAUCACAUACCUGCAUUACCGGCGCCGCCGGUGCAUAACCAGCAGUAUGUUAAGUUAUCCGGUGGGAAAGAUGAUUUAACGGCGUUAGCAAUGUUGGAGGAUAGUGUGAAGAGGUUAAAAUCACCAAAGACACUACCGGGUCAAACGUUGACCAAAAUGCAAGUUGAUUCAUCACUAGAGUUGUUGACAGAUUGGUUGUAUGAGAAUUGUGGGUCAGUUGCAUUUUCAAGUGUAACACAUCCCAAGUUCAAGGUUUUCUUGAACCAGCUCGGGUUGCCCGCGAUCUCCAGUCAAGAGAUCGCGGGUAACCGACUGGAUUCCAAGUAUUUAAACGCGAAGGCCGAGUCCGAAGCUCGGAUUCGGGAUGCAUUGUUUUUUCAAGUGUCAUGUAAUGGAUGGAGAUCAAGAAAUCAAGAAAGUCAACAAAGUCAACUUAAUUUAUCAGUGAAUUUACCAAAUGGAAUGAGGGUGUUUUGGAAAGGUGUGUUUGCAAAUGGGUAUGUGUUUUCUAAGUUUGUUGAGGAUGUUUUGAUGGAAACAAUGAUUGAAAUAUGUGGGAAUAAUUUGGAAAAAUGUGUAGGGAUUGUGUCAGAUAAGUUCAAGUCAACGGCGUUGACCAACAUUGAGAAUCAACAUCAAUGGAUGAUCAAUCUUGGUUGUCAGUUUCAAGGGGUUUAUAGUUUGAUCAAAGAUUUUAGUAAAGAAUUGCCUUUAUUCAAGAAUGUGGUUGAUAAUUGCUUCAAAGUUGCAAACUUAGUUAACACUAGUUCUCAAAUUAGGAAUCUUUUUCUCAAGUAUCAGUUUCAAGAAUCCGGGAGAGCGCGGUUGAUGCGAGUACCGUUCGGCUUUGUUGGCAACGAGUUUGAAUUCGAACGCGUGUUUGGUAUGGUGGAAGAUGUUUUAAGUUCAGCCAGGACAUUGCAAUUGGUGUUACAUGAUGAGGGGUACCAAAAGGUUUCGAUGGAGGUUGACGAAACGAUUAGAAAUCCGCAGUUUUGGAGGGAAGUCGAAGCGGUUCAUUCGUUAGUUAAGUUAGUUAAGGAUAUGGCCCAGGAGAUCGAGAAAGAAAGACCGCGAAUCGGGCAAUGUUUGCCGCUUUGGGAAGAAGUUAGAGUGAAAGUUAAGGAUUGGUGUAUGAAGUUUCAAAUGAAUGAGAUUGUUGUAGAAAAAGUGUUUGAUAAAAGGUUUAAAAAAAACUAUCAUCCUGCUUGGUCAACUGCAUUUAUACUUGAUCCAUUUUAUUUGAUCAAGGAUAGAAGUGGGAAGUAUUUGCCCCCUUUUAAAUACUUAACUCCUGAUCAAGAAAAAGAUGUUGACAAGCUUAUAACUCGGCUCGUGUCGCGCGAAGAAGCUCAUAUCGCGCUAAUGGAGCUUAUGAAAUGGCGGACCGACGGGCUUGAUCCGGUCUACGCUCAAGCCGUGCAGCUUAAACAGAGAGACCCCGUUACGGGUAAGAUGAAAAUCGCAAACCCGCAAAGUAGUAGGUUGGUUUGGGAAACUUAUUUAACCGAGUUUAGUUCUUUGAGGAAAGUCGCGGUGAGGUUGAUCUUUCUUCAUGCUACUUCAUGCGGGUUUGAAUCGAAUUCGUCGUUUUCGAAAUGGGCCCGAUCGAAGACGGGUGUUGAAAAGGCUCAGAAGUUGAUGUUUAUAGCGGCUAAUUCAAGGAGUGAGAGGAGGGAUUUGUGUAAUGAUGAUGAAAAAGAUGGAGACUUUUUUGCAAUGGCUAAUGAUGAGGAUGAUAAUAUGAUCAAUGAGGUUUUGUUUGAUGCAUCCUCUCCAUAAAGAUUCAAUCUUUUUCAUGUUUUUGAUGAUAUUGUGCAUAGUUUAUGCAGGAAUUUUGUUGGGUAUUUUGUUUUGAUCAAUUUUUUAGAUGAUUUUAGUACCAUUUCUUGAGGUUGAAAUGGUAGUUUUGCAAGAAUUGACCUUGUUUGACCAACUCAAGAUUGUAUUUAUCAUAGGUAAUGAUUUUGAAUCUUGAUAGUAAAGAGUGAGAAUUCCCAUAUUACCCUUUUCUCAAGUUUGUUGAUUCUUUUUGUGAAUUUGUGCAAUGAGAAUUUAUGCUUUGGAGACUUG